AUGACUUCAUCUGAGCAUAAACAUCUGAGCAUUUACCCUGCAGCUGUGUUUCAAAACCGUGUGAGCAGUCUAGAGAGGGUUCUGGCAAUAACAGGAAAGCAGGGCGUAUGCCUCAUUUGCAAAGCAAAGUGUCAGAUCUCCCCACUGUCUGAUAACAGCAGCUCAGAGGUUCGAGAGCUUUUCUCAGAUAUCAGUUCAGUUGCAGUCAAGUACUUCUCAGAGACAAGCAAGGUAAUACAAUUCCAGGCCAGACACCAGAAAAGUUUAUUGGCCCACUAUCAGCACAAGAUUGAGAGAAUGAAGGAGGAUGGCCUGAAAAUGCAACAAGAGAUGCAGAAGAUGUCCAGAUGCAUGAGUACUGCAUUAGCGCAGAAACUUUCAGAACAGAAUGCCUACAUAUCAAAGUUAGAGAUGACUGUUCAAAAUCAAAGUUCAAGACUGGCAUUACAGUCCAACCGAGAUUUAACCUACAGUAUGGUCCCAGUUUCCCCGGUGACAAAAAUUCCCUAUUCUUCCCCACUCUCAAUGUCACGAUCCUUGUCCUCUGCUAGCCUAGCUGAUAGCAUAAUCAACAGAAGGGGGCACACUCACACACCAGAUGUCCUGAAUAGAAUUUGUCUUAGAAGCUCACCAAAGGACUGCCGCAUAGGUACAGUUCCUCACAGAGCAUCAAGUCAGAGCACUAUGGGUAGCCAUUCAGCACCGCUAAGUAUCUCUCGCAGUAGGGAAUUCUCCAGUGGUCUACGGGAGCCGGUGAUAACUCCAUCCCAUAAUGUGGCCUACCGCAGAGAGUCACCAUGGGAAACGCCUGUGUUCACUGUGUGCAAAUACGGCUCUGUGUCCUCCCUGGGACGCCCGCCAUGA